UACGUGGAGCCGGCAGUCAGCGUUUGCGGGUGGUGGCUUCGCUCGGACUCGCGUGGAGGAGCUCGGGGGUCCCGACUCCCAGCUGACUGCCAUGAGGAGAAGUGAGGUGCUGGCAGAGGAGUCCAUAGUAUGUCUCCAGAAAGCUCUAAAUCACCUUCGGGAAAUAUGGGAAUCAAUCGGGAUUCCAGAGGACCAACGCUUACAGAGAACCCAGGUUGUAAGGAAGCACAUCGAGAAUCUCCUGAAUAUGAUGAUUGCUGAAGAGGAGAGCCUGAAGGAAAGGCUUAUCAAAAGCAUAUCGAUCUGCCAAGAGGAGCUGAAUGCCUUGUGCAGUGAGUUACACAUCGAACCAUUUCAGGAAGAAGGAGAAACAACUGUCCUACAACUAGAAAAAGAUCUGCGUACUCAGGUGGAAUUAAUGCGCAAACAGAAAAAGGAGAGAAAACAGGAACUGAAGCUGCUGCAAGAACAAGAUCGAGAACUCUGUGAAGUUCUUUGUAUGCCUCAAUAUGACAUUGACAGCACCUGUGUUCCCAGCUUAGAUGAUUUAAACCAGUUCAGACAACACUUGGCAACUCUAAGGGAAAAAAAGGCAUCUAGGCGUGAGGAGUUUCUCAGCUUGAAGAGACAGAUCAUACUAUGUAUGGAAGAAUUGGAUCACACCCCAGACACAAGCUUUGAAAGAGAUGUGGUGUGUGAGGAUGAAGAUGCCUUUUGUUUGUCUUUGGAGAACAUUACAACACUACAAAAGCUGCUACGGCAGAGAAAAGCUUCAGAUCCAAGUCGAUUUACAAACCGGGGAGGAAAUCUCCUCAAAGAAGAAAAGCAACGAGCAAAACUCCAGAAAACACUCCCUAAGCUGGAAGAGGAGUUGAAGACACGGAUUGAAAUGUGGGAGCAGGAGCAAUCAACUGCAUUUCUGGUGAAUGGGCAGAAAUUCAUGGAGUAUGUGAUAGAACAGUGGGAGAACCAUAGACUGGAGAAGGAGCGAGCCAAGCAGGAAAGGCAAUUGAAGAAUAAGAAGCAGACAGAGACAGAGGUACUGUAUGGCAGUGCUCCCCGAACACCCAGCAAGCGGCAAAUUCUGGCUCCCAGCACACCCGGCAAAGUGCGCAAGCUAAACACUACCAUCGUGUCCAAUGCUGCAGCCAAUAGCAGCAUUCGUCCUGCCUUUGGGGGGACAGUGUACCACUCCCCCAUGUCUCGACUUCCUCCUUCUGGCAGCAAGCCAGUCACUUCUACCUGUUCAGGAAAGAAAACUCCCCGUGCCAACAGACUUGGGGCCAACAAGGAGAACAUAGAGCUUAGUGGAAGCUUCCUGAGCGGUGGGUACCCUGGCUCAGCCCCUCUCCAGCGCAACUUCAGCAUUAAUUCUGUUGCCAGCACCUAUUCUGAGUUUGCGAAGGAUCCAUUCCUCUCUGACAGCUCCACUGUUGGGCUUCAGCGAGAACUUUCAAAGGCUUCCAAAUCUGAUGCUACUUCUCGAAUCCUCAAUUCAACCAACAUCCAGUCCUGAGAAGCCCCGACCAGGCCACCAGCUGGACUUAAUGAUAUGAUGGGGGCUGGAGUUUUUCUUCAGUUUAACUCAAAUACCUUAAAGCUUAGUUAUAGCAGUAAGUAGAAAUUUUAGCAUCUGGGAGCUAAUUUCCUUCUCUGCCUCAUAACUACUUGGUGAAGCAUGAUUCCAGGGCUUGUUGCAGCUCACUGUUGUGUAGGAAAAUGACUGACUGGGCCCAGCCUUGGGCGGUAAGCUGUAAGUCUGGCCUGUAUACCUGUAAUUAACAAUUAACAUUUUAAAAAAUCUAGGCAUGUCCAGUUAGUGCUACAGUUCUGAUAGCUUUGCUGUCACUCAGAGGCCUGUCCCUAUCACAUUGAGGUCUGUGUGUGUGCCAGCAUUUGGGGCGGCUGACCUACUGCCAAAGAGUGACAGGUAGCCAGGAGCACCUUUGUUGAAUUGCUUGUCAUUACAGAAUGCAGUCCCUUUAGGAAAUGCACACACCGUCUGAAGCAGUUCCUUAGGGUCCAGUCCCCACCCUGUUCCUGCUGUGCCCAAGUCCUACCCUUAAAGCUGCAGCCAGGGGUGUGGGGGCUACCUUGGUGAGCGGGACUGCAUCUACUAUAGAGACCACCAGCACCUUUGCACAUGUCCCUAUAGGGCUUGUCCCUGCACCAGGCUCUACCUGCUCUGUCCAUCACUGUGCUCUCCCUAAGUGCUAUUAUUUAUUUGCUACCUGUGACACGUCAAAAUGGUUCUCAAAAGCUUAUCAGUGUGACACGCUCGGAAGCUGUUGCUGUUUAUAUUUUAAAAACAGGA